AUGCCAGACGUUAAGAAGAGACAGAAGAUGGAAGCUGAUGCUGCGGCUGCUGCUCCUGAUGCCGGCGCUGGCGCUGGUUCUUCGUCGAAACCUAAAUCGUUGCCGAAGGGUGCGGCCGACCUGCCAGAUACCAGCGCCAUUCGGUUGCCCGGGGAAGAGACGAACCAGGUUCCCGUAUAUGACAGCUGCGACGAGAUCCGCAAGAAGAUCAACGCACACCUCAAGACACCGGGCUUGACGCAGGCCCAGUUCUGCAGAGACAUCCAUGCGCAGCUCAACCAGGCCAAGUCCAAGGGCAUCCAGUCGAAGCAGCUCGCCGACUUCCGAAGCAAGAAGGGUCCCAAUGCAGGUGCCAAGAGUGUUGUCUUCUACUCCGCGUACGUCUACUUCGAGAAGCUCCGCAUUGCCCAGAAAAAGCCCAAGAGCAGCCACCGCGAGAAGAUGGAGGAGGUUUGGGGCGCGGCCGGAAUCGACCGUGAGCACGAUCAUACGGCCUUGGUGACGGUCAUGGCCGGCGAGAUUCCAUACUCUGACCAGUAUGGCCAACUUCGCGUCGAUAACCGUCGUUUCUAA